AAAAUGUCAUUAUUUGUGCAUAUUUUCAGAUUUUAUUUAAACAUAUUUUUUAGAAUGUUUUAGUUUUUUUUAUUAUUAUUAUUUUCUUCAGUGAUAUUGCACAUCAGAAUGAAGAUUUAAGUGAGCUUUCACAGAACAAAACAAUUCUUCAAUAUGACUGCACUUAUCGCAUAUUGUAUAUCCCUAUUGGCAAGGCGAUUGAGCACCGCAACAUCAGCUCAGAAACUUGGACAAUUGGAGCCAGCUGUUAAGCAUAGGACUCUUUCGUAUUUGGAUUUCAAAGGCCGUGACCUUUUCAUAGUUGGUGAUGUUCACGGAUGCUUUGAUGAAGCGAUGGAAUUAAUAGAUAUUGUGAAAAAAAAGAAUAACAAAAAAUUUGUUACAAUAUUUGUUGGUGACAUGGUCAAUAAAGGACCCAAAAAUAUUGAAAUGUUGGAUUUCAUCAUGAAGAACAAAGAUAUCCACUGCAUACGAGGAAAUCAUGAACAAGCUGUGCUUCGAUCUGCUCUUAAAUAUCGGAGUGGAGAGAAGGAAUCAAAUCCAAAGUGGGCAAAUUCAUGGGCUAAGCAUCUAUCAAACGGGCAAUUUGAAUUUUUGAGAAACUUACCGUACACAAUAUCAAUUCCAAUACUUAGUAUUAUUAUUGUUCAUGGAGGUCUCCACCCACAUUAUCCUUUGAAUCUACAAGAUGAGCAUAACAUGCUGCAUAUGAGAUCCUUAUCGUGGGUUAAAGAUGAUUUUCAUGGGCAGAAGCUCGUAGCAACAUCGAGACAUGAAGGAACGUUAUGGGCACAAUGCUGGCAAGGUACAGAGCAUGUUUACUUUGGACAUGAUGCGAUAAAAAAAUUGCAAAUAGAGUCAAAUUGUACAGGACUUGAUACCGGUUGUCUCUAUGGAGGCAAGUUGACCGGGGUUUUGUUGAAAAUCCCUGAAAAUAUAACUGCUCCUUUACGUCACUUUGAUUUACCUCGAGAAUUUUAUUCAGUUGAUGCGAAAGAAGCAUAUAUACCUGUUGAUUAACGAAUGUCUAUUCUAUUUUCUUCAAAGAAAGGUAGUAAACUAUUUUUGUACUUAUCCAAUUUAGAUUUUAAAUGAAUCUUCUUCUCUUUUCUUCAAAUAUCUGUUUUAGAAUUGGAAAUAGAAAUUUUAAAAUUUGUGUAUGUUAGGUCAAGAAUGCUAAAUAAUAAAAUUUUAUAAUGCAUGCGAAGUCGGAAAAGAUAUAGGCCUACUGUUAGAGUGUAUCAGCAUGGCCAAUUUUGACAAUGUCUUGAUCUGCCUUAGAAGCUUAUGCAUAUCAUUGGCUGAGGCUAUUUAACAUUAUCAAUGCAAUAGCUGUUGAAAAAAUGUGCUGACGUCUAUACGUUUAUAAAUUUCUAUCCCAGAUCUUAAUCUGUUAACAGAACAGUGUUCUUCAUGUUUUAAAUAAAUAAUUUUAUUGUUUUAUCAUGCAUGUGAGGCCGCACAAUAGUUACUCUGCUAUUUGUAUUAGUUGGUGAUUGAUACUAUUAAAUAUAUAUUUCAUUCAGAUUUGAAUGCCUAAUAA